AUGGCAACGCUUUUUCAUGACAUCAUACAUAGAGAAUUGAAGGUAUACGUGGAUGACAUAAUUGCCAAGUCCAAAAAGGUAGAGAAUCAUUUAAAGGACCUUAGGAAGCUCUUUGAAAGACUUAGGAAAUUCUGCCUUAAGUUAAAUCCCCAAAAAUGCAUAUUCGGGGCAUCAUCAGGUAUGCUGUUGGGCUUUAUCGUUAGUCAAAAAGGGAUUGAGAUUGACCCUGCUAAGGUUAAAGCAAUUAUUGGGAUAUCUCCUCCCCAAGCAGAAAAGGAAGUCAUAAGUUUUUUGGGAAGAUUGCAAUAUAUUCUUAGAUUCAUAGCGCAACUUACACCAAUAUGUGAGCCAAUUUUCAAGUUGCUAAAGAAGAAUACCUCGGUGAAAUGGAAUGAAGACUGUCAAGAAGCAUUUGACAAAAUUAAAGAGUACUUGACCAAUCCACCAGUAUUAGCUCCCCCUAGUCUUGGGGAACCCUUGCUUAUGUAUUUGUCAGUACAGGAAGAUUUUGUUGGAUGCAUACUGGGGUAA